UUUAAAUUAAUAAAAAUGACACAAGAUCCUCUAAACGAAAUGCUGGAAUUCUUAAAGCCUAAUGCAAGAGUGGAUUUAAAACACGUGUCUUUAGACCAUAUGCUGGGACUAUCGGGUACAGAAGAAGGCGUCGAAACUCUACUUAAGAACGACCUUGUUAUUCAAAAUAUUAUUGAAUUAACAGAUGACAAACUCGACGAAAUAGCUAAAACAGCUCUUCUAAUACUCGUAAACAUCAGUGCUCACAGCGAAGGUGCUUCAGAACUCUUAAAAUACAAACCAUUCAACCAAAAGAACUUGAUAGAGUUUCUUAUAGGUCAAAUACUAAAUCCUAAUAAAAAGAACGCCGAUGCGGCUUGUAUGAUACUUUGCAACAUCACCAGACUUGAAGAUGAACUGGAAAUUUGUCUAGACGCGUUUUUUCCGCACUUAAAUGAUAUUAUAAAUGUAUUUGUUAACGUUGACUUUAACAAAACUGGUUCUAAUUUAAAUUAUCUAGCCCCCAUGUUUAGUAAUUUAAGCUGUAGUUACCGUAUAAGAAAAUGGUUGACUGAAGAAAACCCCCACGUACCUCUGAUAAAGUUACUACCGUUCUGCAACUAUGAACAAUCGCAUAUACGCCGGGGAGGAGCCAUCGGUACAGUAAGAAACUUAUCGUUUGAUUCAGAAUUUCAUGAAUUUCUACUAAGUCCGGACUUGGACCUUCUAACUUACCUCCUUACUCCAAUAAUGGGUAAUGAAGAAUACCCAGAUGACGAAAUGGAUGUGUUACCUAUAGCGCUUCAGUAUUUGCCAAAAGAAAAACGCCGGGAUCUGGAUGUAGAUAUAAGAAAAAUGAUAUUGGAGACUUUGAAUAAACUUUGUAUGAAGAGGAAGUAUAGAGAAAUGUUAAGAGACAACGGAGUGUAUUACGUGCUACGAGAGUACCAUAAAUGGGAGACAGACCCUAAGGUUCGACAAGUCUGUGAAAACGUAGUCGACAUACUAAUUCAAAAGGAGGAGGAAGUAGGCGUUGAAGAUUUGUCUACAGUGGAGAUACCACGGGAUGUAGAGGAGAAAUUUCAGGAGCAAAACAAGAGAUUGGAUGAUGAUUAGGCUCUCGUUGUUAAGUGAUGGUUUUUAGCGCUCAGUUACACGACGCGAAAGUUUUCGCGCGGCCGCCGCGCGGAAACCGCCCAGUUACCACGUUUUCACGUACAUUAAUGUCGAAUCUGAAUUGUAUUUACUACGCAAUAACAUUUAAAUUCCUUGGAAUAAUACAACCGCGUGGACUAACCCGCCCGCGCGUCUGGUACGCUCAUUUAAGUUAAAUCGUAAAAGCUAAAUAAAUAGAGCAUAUUUUGCCAUGACAGUUAGAUGCACGCUCCGGGUAGUGACCGCGCGGACUGAGUGAAAUUCGUGUCGAACAAACGCGCCCUUAUUUGUAUGCGCUACAUUCAUGUAUGAUCGUAUGUGAUUUGUAUAGACUGCAUUUUUUCAGGUUGUGCAGGUUUUUCUGAUAUAAUUUCUACACUUUUUCUCUGGCCUUUAUUUUUCGAGAUUGCUACACAUUGAUAAUGAAACAUU